GAAAUGGAAGCGAGUGCAAUUACAUCCCCUUCAAAAGGAUCUCUUUCUUCUUUUUCAAAUUCACUGAUUUCCGUAGAUCGCAAUCAUAAAGUGUACGGCAUAUUUUUAUUGCACGGUAUCGGUAUGUUAAUGUCAUGGAAUAUGUUCAUCACCAUAGCACCACAGUACUAUGUGUCUUAUUGGUUCACUGUGGAUGGAAAUGCCACGCAUUAUGCAGAAAGUUUUAUGAGUGUUCUUGGAGCAACUUCACAGAUCCCAGCCGUAGGGAUUAUGUUCGUGAAUAUGGCAAUAGUGAUCGCAGGAUCGCUAAUGAUGCGGAUCGUUGUACCGCUUAUCAUUAACUGUUUUCUGGUUCUUACUAUUAUUGCUCUUGUCAUCUUCGUGCAGCCAAACGAUAAUGAUCGAAAUUGGUUUUACAUUGUUACACUCGUCGUAAUAAUGCUCAUGAAUCUUUGCAAUGGGGUAUAUCAAAACUCUAUUUAUGGAAUUGUUGCGGAUUUUCCCGACAACUAUCCAAACUCACUCAUCAUUGGUAACAACAUAUGUGGAAUAUUCACUAGCGUAAUGAGCAUUUUCACUACAUUAGUGUCACCUGAUAGCGUGAUGCUAAACGCUUUACUUUAUUUCUGCAUAUCGUUGGCAAUCCUAGUCAUAUGCGGAUUAUCACUUAUUGUUCUGGUCAGAUUGGUAUGCCCUCCUCUAUUUAAACAACUCUAUACCAUGACUUGA